CAGUUUUAACUUACGUUGGAGUGCGCACGUGCUCUCUGACAUCGUUCCAUAUCUGGAUUUUGGCUUGCUGGAGGCACUACUCGUUGAAAAGGCUAGAUUAAAAAAGAAGAAAAACUUUAACGUGGCUUGUGAAAAUAACAUUUUGAAACACAUAACGAUGGAUGAAAAAACAGUCUUAUUAGUUAUGUUAAAAAUACUGCGAACGGCGAACAAUUUACCAACUUGGCAUGCUGUACCGGUGUUCAACAGAGUGCGAAAUAUAUUAGGUUACAUCGUUUUAUUGCAAAAAAAGAAACGGAAAUUCUGGGUACGACCAAUGUUUACGCACGAAAUGAGGCAUUUACAAGGUGCAAGUGACAAUUUAGUCGUUGAGAUGCAAAUAACUGAUCGUGAAAAGUUCUUCAAUUACUUCAGAAUGACUCCGGAAGUAUUUGAAGAACUGCUAACGUUAGUUGGACCACGGAUUCAGAAAGAAGAAGUUUGUCGAAUCCCAAUUUCAGCUCGUACAAGAUUGCAGCUGACUUUGCGCUGGUUAGCAUCUGGUGACAGUUUAGCAUCUCAUUCGUAUGCAUUUUUGCUGUAUUGCAUGCAAUACAGCAUCCAAAAUCGUAAGGGAGACUUGCACUGCAUUGUGGGAGGUCUUGAAAGAUAAAGUUUUUUUGCAACCCACCGCUGACAAUUGGCAACAGGUUGCUAACGAAUUUCAGAAAAUCUGUCAAUUUCCAAACUGCAUUGGAUCUAUAGAUGGGAAGCACAUUAUCAUUCAGGUACGUAUCUGAUACAACCAUUUUUCAUACAUUUUUUAAUAAAUCUGACAUUAUUGUAUUCUUGUUAAUUGUAGGCACCACCGAAUAGUGGCUCGUCCUGCUAGAAUUACAAAGGUAACACCAGCAUCAAUCUACUUGCUGUGACUGAUGCAAAUUGUUGCUUCAGCAUCGUGGACAUUGGAGCGGAAGGAAGGCGUAGCGAUGCGGGUGUAUUUGCUAGCAGUAACCUUGCUCGCCUAUUGGAUACGAAAUCACUUCAACUGCCUCUGGACAGGCAUUUGGAUAAUAGCGGAUUCAAAUUUCCAUACGUCUUAGUAGGAGACGAAGCAUUUCCGCUAACAUCUUAUAUGAUGCGGCCAUACUCUCGAAAUAGGAACUUAACUGUUACGAAGAAAAUCUUUAAUUAUAGAUUAAGUCGGGCGCGAAGAACUGUAGAAUGUUCAUUUGGGAUACUAGCGGCAAGAUGGCGAAUUUUUCGUCGGCCAAUUAUCGCUCAUAUUUCAACGGCUAAAUUAGCCGUUCAAGCUGCAACGGCUGUACAUAAUUUUCUAAUGAAACACGAACUUCAAUUGGAGCCAACGGAAAGAACUUAUUCUGUUUUAAGUGGCAAUGAUCGAAAUGUAACGUCGACCGGAAUUGAAAAUGUACGUAAUUGCAGUGCGCGAAGGAACGUUGAGGCUAUACGAAUUAGAGACUCUUUUGCUACGUAUUUUGAAACUUCGAACCCACUUGAUUGGCAAUGGAGAAAAGCUCUAAACAAUGAGUAUUAAAUUUCUAUCAUGUAUUAUGUAUUAUGUAAAAAGUGAUCCCUCAUGGAAAAACGCCCGUUGAUUGUCGCGAAAAUGCGUCGGAUUAGUUGCUGCGAAAUUUUGCGAUUAACUCAUUAUUAUAAGACAGAUUUUUUCUAAGAAUUAUAAAUAAAUACAAGAUCGUACAUCUCAAUGUUUUGAACUUUACAUACACAUAUAUGUAAUGGUAACAACAAAACAUUCAUUUUUUUAGACCCCAAUAUGAACUACU